AUGUCAGAAAUUGAUGUAGGGGAUGAGAAUCAAGCUAAAGUGACCUGCAGCACCUCCUGCAGUUUGCACUCUGAACUUCAGUAUGUCUGGUACAAGACUGGACAGACUCUACAAGACAGAACCACAGCCUCCAUACUAGUCUAUGAAGUGGCCAGUUACUCCUGUGCAGUGAGUGGUCAUGAAGCUCUACGCUCCCCUGCAAAGUGUGUUCCAGAUAAACAGUGCUGGGGUGUGACCUACUCCUAUGAGAAUAGCUGUGUAUUAUUGGGCUCAGCGGUAGACAUUCCCUGCACUUACUUACAUCCAAAAGAUGACAGCAUCAACAACACAUUUUGGUUUAAUAAACAAAAAUCGAACAAUCCCCCAGAAGAUCUCAAUUUGGCUGACGAGUACAAAAAUCAUGUGGAAUAUCUUGGAAACAACAAGAGCAGUUGUACUCUGAGACUGAAAGACAUCAGAGUCAGUCACUCUGGAGAAUAUGCCUUCAGGUUUACAACCACGGAAGGAGAAAGUUACUCUGGAUUACCUGGAGUCAACAUCUCUGUAACAGCUCUGCAGGUGUUGACCCAUCCUGAAGCUGUGACAGAGGGCGAGAGAGUGACCCUCACCUGUGAUACCACCUGUGCUCUGAGUAAAGACCUCACCUUUAUCUGGUACAAGAAUGGACAGCCUGUGACCUAUAAACACACAACCAGAGACAACAAGCUGCAUCUAAACCCAGUCAGCAGUGAGGAUGCAGGCAGUUACUCCUGUGCUGUAAAAGGACAUGAGAGUCUCUCCUCAAAUGAUGUCUCACUUAACGUGAGAUACAGGCCAACACAUGUCUCAGUUUCCAUCAGUCCCUCUGAUGGAAUAAAGGAGGGGACUUCAGUGACUCUGACCUGCAGCAGUGAUGCCAACCCACCAGUGCACACCUACACCUGGUAUAUGAAGAGUGGAGCUGAAUCUCUUGUUAGGGGCACAGGGGAGAGCAUCAGCUUCAAUGUGACCUCUAAUACCAGUGGACUUUACUACUGUGAGGCACAGAAUGAACUUGGCUCUCAGAACUCUACUGAUGCUGCAGUUCCUCCCAAAGAGGUAGCUGCCAUGAUCCUGACAGCUACAAUCACCACAUUAAUCAUUCUCGCUGUCCUGCUGAUGCUUGGAAUUCUGCGCUUGAGCAGCAAGAAGAAAGCUAAAAUGACUGCAGAUACAAGGACCACAAAUGCAAACACACAGAGUGACGCUGGUCUUGUGUACAGCACCGUCACAGUAAGAGCCACGACCUCUGACCCCACACAGAGAGUGACCACACAUGAUCAAGACGACGUUCAGUAUGCCAACGUUCAGAUCAAUCCCUCCAAAAGACAGGAAGUGCCUCUGUACUCCACUGUCCAGAUGCCUCAAUCCUCUGCACAGGAUGUUGCCAACGCUUCAGUCCAGUUCCACAGAAGGAGUGCUGCCACCAGAGCUGAGGAUGACAGUGUGACCUACAGUACAGUCCACAAACAAUGACAGGCCUGGAAACACCUGACCAGAAAGACCCUCAGGCCAUCUCAGUUCAUACAAAAAAUAUUGUUCUGGUUUACUCUUGGUGUUAAACUAUUUGGAACCACUUUCUGUAUUUGGUUAAACAAUUGGUCACUGCCAUCUAGCUACAUAGAACUACAGUUUGUCUUUGCAAUCAUAUCCAGAUUAGCUUAAAAUGUUCCAUAUAGAUAAAUAAUAACUUUACAUAAUAUUAUACAGAUAUUACAUAUACUUG